UUGCUUGCAUUUCCCUGUCAUCUGCUUUAGAUUGAUUUCAACCAAAUUGUAGAUCCAUGGCGGAAUCAAUUUUAUACGGGGCGCUCGGUAACAUCUUUGCCCAGUUAACGUGGCUUGCUGGGCAAAAGAUUGGCUCGAUUUUCUGGCAGAAAGGCGAACUGGAUAAGCUUCAAAAGACCCUCGACAUCAUAACAGCCGUCAUUCUUGAUGCUGAGGCGAAGCGGGAGAGCAACCUUGUCGUGAAAAACUUGAUUAGUAUACUGGAAGAUGUUGUCUCUGAUGCAGAGGACUUACUGGACGAAUUCGACUAUGAGCUCCUGCGCCAGAAGGUGCGUCCUCGGGGACAGGUACGCAAGACCUUUCAAUACUUCAGGAUGGGUCCUAGAGUUAAGGAGAUUAGAAAGAGGCUGGACGUGGUUGCAACAGAGAUUAAAACGUUUGAUUUUAAUGUGAGAGUUGUAGAACUGGAUAAGAAAACUAAGAAUACUGAGAGAGAGACUGCCUCAAAGGUGAGACCGGAAUUAGUAAUAGGGAGAGAGGAAGAGAAAGAGCACAUUAUAGAAUUGUUGAAGGAGCAAAAUCAUGGUGACGGCAUCUUCAAUGUUAUUGCCAUUGUUGGGUUUGGAGGUUUAGGAAAGACCUCGCUUGCCCGGUUGGUGUAUAAUGAUGCAAAAGUAGCAGAUUCCUUCAAAGGGAUAUGGGUGUGUGUUUCUGAAGAAUUUGAUGUUCUUGUAAUUUUCAGAAAUAUUUUGAAGUCUCUAGGAGUACGCAAUGUGGAUGACUGGAAUCUAAAUGAAGUGCAAAAACAGAUUGAACAAAAGUUAAAGGGGAAGAAAUAUUUACUUGUGUUGGACGAUGUGUGGAAUGAUGACAUUUUAAAGUGGAAUGAAUUUUCACAAUAUAUGGCAUUUGGUGCUACCGAAAGCAAAAUUAUUGUGACAACUCGUAGCAUCAAAGUUGCAGCUACUAUGGGGGUACGCAGUCCUUACCUUUUAAAAGGUCUAAAUGAGGAACAAUCUCAGGAUUUGUUUGAGAAAGUGGCAUUUGAAGGACGUCAUAUCGAUCCAAAGCUUGGACUAAUUGGAAAAGUUGUUGCACAAAAAUGCAAAGGAGUUCCCCUUUCUAUUAAAUGUUUGGGAGGUUUGAUGAAACAAAAGCCUGAUGAAAAAUACUGGUUGUCUGUCCAAGAAAAUGAAAUUUGGGAUAACAAGGAUGUUUUGUCUGUGCUAAAAUUGAGUUAUGCUCAGCUACCAAGUAAUUUAAAACAAUGUUUUGCUUUUUGUUCGCUUUUCCCAAAAGACUCUUGGAUACGUAAAGAUGAGUUGAUUCAUUUUUGGCGAGCACAGGGUUACAUUCAAUUAAAGAACAAAAAUGAGAAUAUACAAGAUAUUGGUGAUGAAUACUUUAAUGAUUUGUUGUCAAGAUCAUUUUUUCAAGAGGAGGAGGAAGAUGGGUAUGGGAAUAAUUUUUGUAAAAUGCAUGAUCUUAUCCAUGAUCUUGCAGUAUCAGUAGCAAGUCAUCAUUUUCAUUGGAUGAAAGAUGAAAAAGAAGAAAUUCCAAAAGAAGUCCGUCAUGUGUCAUUAGAAAAUUAUUCCAAGGAAAUUGAUUUGAUUUUGUCAAAAAUAAAGGGGAUAAGGACUAUGUUUUUUCGGACACACAUUUUCGAGGAUUUGUUCAUUCGAAAUGUAACCUUUUCAAGCUUCAAUUAUUUACGUAUGUUGAAUUUGAGGUCAAUGGACAUUGACAUUUUGCCAGAUUCAAUUGGUGAAUUGAAACACUUGAGAUACCUUGAUCUUUCUAAUAAUUACAAGAUGAAAGUGCUCCCAAAUGCAAUAGUCAAAUUGCACCAUCUGCAAACUCUAUUACUCCAUUCUUGCCUCAUUCUUAAAGAGUUACCAAGGGAUAUACAACAAUUGAUUAGUUUGGAAUAUCUCAAUAUUGAUUGUUGCGAUAACCUAACGUGCUUGCCGAAAGGUUUAGGGGAAUUGACUUCCUUGCAAAGAUUGGAUAGAUUUAUUGUGAACAGUGUUGAAGACAAUUUAUCAACUGCAGCCACGUUGAAUGAGUUGCGUAAGCUAGACCUCGGAAACAGCAUAGAAAUUGAUCACUUACACAAUGUGAGGAAUGUGGAAUUAGAAUGUAAGGAGGCAAAUUUAAAGAAAAAGAAACGGCUUCAGUCUUUGCAAUUAUCUUGGGAAUCUUCCUCUCCGACAACAGCGGCUAGCGAAAAGGAUGAGUCAUUGUUAAAUAUUCUUGAGCCACACCCGAAUUUGAUAGGGCUGAGGGUAUCCGGUUAUGGAGGAGCAAGGUUUUCGAGUUGGCUAUCUUCAUUGACUAAUUUAGUCCAACUUGAAAUAGACAAAUUUCAUAAUUGUCGAGACCUGCCACCCUUGGAUCAUCUUUCAUCUCUCAAAUCUCUUUCUCUUAAGAAUUCCAAUGUUUUAGAACACCUGCCACCUUUGGAUCAUCUUCUAUCUCUCGAGUCUCUUUCUCUUUGGUGGUUAGAUGCUUUAGAAUACGUGGCAGAUUCUUUCCCCGUGCCUUGUUCCACGUUAAGAGAACCAUGCUUCCCGUCGCUUGAGAACCUUGAGAUCCGGUGCUGUCCCAGUCUCAAAGGAUGGUGGAAGACAAAGAAUGAGAACCAAGGAUCAAUAGCUGAGCUGCCUUACUUUCCUUGCCUUUCCAAGUUGGAAAUCCACGAGUGUCCAAACUUAACCUCCAUGCCGUUGUUUCCAGCUCUCUACGGAUAUUUGACUUUGGCAGAUGCUAGUAUAAGGCCUUUGCAACAAACAUUGAAGAUGAAGAUGAAGAUGAAGAUGAUUGAGGCCAGCAUGACAUCAGAAGAAGCAUCAUCAUCAUCAGGGAGCACUUGUCAUUCUUAUUCGUCAACUGCCCUUCCUCUCUCCAAUUUGGAGCGUCUGUUACUUUGUAACAUUAAGGAUCUAGAAGCUCUGCCAGAUGAGUUCCUACAAAAUCUCGCUUCUCUUACAUUCUUAAGUUUGACAGAUUGCCCCAAAUUGGAAUCGCUGCCGUCGCAAAAGAUGAGCUGCCUCACCUCUUUACAAGAAUUUUCGGUUGAAAAUUGCCGUAAUCUGAGGGCUUUACCUGACUGGAUACUCAAUCUCACUUCCCUUAAAACACUUCAAAUUGUGGAGUGCUUUGAAUUACAGCACAUGCCAGGAGGGACGCAUCAACUUACCUCUUUAAAAGAAUUGUUGGUAGGCAAUUGCCCUAAUCUGAGGGCUUUGCCUGACUGGAUACUCAAUCUCACUUCCCUUAAAACACUUGAAAUUUGGGAGUGCCUUGAAUUACAGCACAUGCCAAAAGGGACGCCUCGCUUUACAUCUUUAGAAGAAUUAUAUGUUUGCUGCCAUAAUUUGAGGGCUUUGCCAGACUGGAUACUCAAUCUCACUUCCCUCAAAGACCUUUCCAUAUGCGAGUGCCUUCAAUCACCGUACUUCCAAGAAGGGAUGCAAAGCCUCACCUCUUUACAACGAUUGAUGGUUGUAUAUUGCCCUAAUCUGAGUUCUUCCACACAUUCUCUCAAAGCACUUCUAACUCGGGGGUGCCCUGAUUUAAGCUCCUGGACAAUGAGGCAAAACUACUCCGCUUUAGAAGAAUUGAAUGUUCAAAAUUGCCCUAAUCUGGAGGAUUUGCUGAAUCGCAUAGAUGAGGAGAUCACUUCCCUCAAAACACUUAAAAUUUGUAAGUGCCCUGAAUUACAAGACUUGCCAGAAAGGAUGGAUGGCCUUACCUCUUUACAAGUAUUGUCAAUCAGUGAAUGUCCCCAGUUGUCGGAAAGAUGUGAAAAGGAGACUGGAAUCCUAUGGCCUCGCAUUGCCCGCAUCCCUUCUAUUACAAUUGAUGGGCGACAAAUUCAAUGA